AUGUGCGACUACAAGCAGCGAGAAUUCUCUUGCGGCCACUUCCGAUGGCUUGCGACGAAACAUUGCGCAAUGUACAAGCGCAAGACCGGAGCAAAGAGCCGCUGUCUGCCGGAGAUUACGGCAUUUGAGGAGAGAUAUGGAACGGGCCCGCCCGGCCAUGCGGACCAACCAGCCGCAGUGCCGUCGGUUGGUCACCGAGAGUGGAGCCUGAAAGGGAGCGAAAUCCAGUUCUCGCCGGCUCACCGCCCGGGGUCCACACAUUCCUCCACUCACCCGAGAAACAGCACGCAACUGCCGAGCAGCGCCGGUGUUCAUCACAGCGCAGGCGUUCCGGAAGUUCCCCUGCACCUGCGCCGAACCGGGGAUGCUCGCAAGCGGCUCUCGAUAUUGAACAGCGCAUGGGACAGUCUGCACACACUUCGCACGGCGCAUGCUCGGCGAGGAGCGCUCGAAGCACCGAUGCCCAUCAUGACGAAACUGCCUGCUGACCCCUUCCGGCCCAAGGGUGCCCCGGACGGCAGCGACAUAACCGUUUCUCUCCCCAAGCUAACCGGCGACUCGUCCGCUUCCAUCAUCUCUCCCUUGUCCCUUCCACGCGGUGCUGCCGGAUACUUUGAUCACAUCGCAUCCAAGGACGCUCUCCCGACACAACAUGCGCCCGCACCGCAACAUCCCCGCAGGAGCCAACUAUAUUCACCACUUUCACCUGGCCUAAAACGUCCUGCUCUGCAUACUUCCUCGUUCCUCUCGCCUCAACUCUUGCCAUCUACGAAGUGUCCCCCGUCUCAUUUCGACCAGCACCGAUCGACCAGCCUUCCUCCGGAAACCCGCAACAGCUUCGCACCUAACCGAUUCUCGGGGGACAGGUCGCAUCCACAACAAGAUAUGCCGACGGACUCUAGCACCAACGGGUUGACUCCCACGGUAAGCGGGACCGGAAACUUUGCCUCUCCUGGGUGUCCGCAGUCCAUCCCAGCGGACCCGGUGGCUCCCACUUGCCACGACCAGUUGGUUCAGCGACUCCUUCGACAAAAGGCCAGACUGCUAGAGGCAUGGGAGGCAGAACGAAAGUACUUGGAGGCGAAUCGCGAGCGGGCCGAAGAGGUGUAUAAAGAAGAGCGUGCCCUUAUGGAGGAAGAACGUGCCGAGUGGGAGGCUGAGAAGGCGAUUCUGUUGGCGGAAAUCGAGCGACUUGGUGGUGUCAAUCCGUUGGCCUCGACCAGCGCCCGUCCCUGGUCACGAAACCUGCUUACGGGUUACGGCGGUUAUGGAGGUGCCAGGGGGGCGUCGCGAGUAGUAAGCCCCAACAGCACGCAGCGGGUAACCCGGAAUGGGGCCCCAACCCAUUCGAACGGCACAUCGACAAUCCCCCCACCGAUGGUAGGAAGAGCGCCAGACCUCGCCUCACCGAGGUCACCAAACGGACCCAGCGCACCGACGAAGGAUUUUCUGAACCCCGACAAAGGGUCUGCCGACGAAGCCAACCCUGUCCCGAUUGUCGACGUGAUGGAAAUCGACCCGGAGCUGGAAGGUAUCCGAAUCAAGGCCACAAGCGUCAAGAAGCCGACCUUCACCGACACCGGGUCACGGAACGGGUCCAAACCAUCCAGCCAGUCCGGCUCUCCUCCCUCGGGCUCUGACCAGUCGAAGAGUCCAAGGGCAAAGAAGGAGCAGACUCUUCAGGUGCUGGAAGCCGAGGAGGCGGAGCGACUGACGAUGCAUGCCGGCCAUACUCCCAACCACUCGCUCUCGACGCUCGCAACGGUCGUUUCCUCGGGAACGGCCACCGCGACGAGCAACGGCGGCCGCAGCACUCCGACGACGACCUUGGCCCCCCAUAACGGCAGCGGCGCGGCAGAGCCAGGCGCCAACACCGACGCCCAGCCGCUCGCCGACGACCAUCCAGAGCCUCUCUUCGACCCGAGCGAGGACCGCGAGCUCAAGGGGCCGCUGAUGGUGCGCAACAUGCCGGCCCACGACGAGAUCUUCUUCCAGAAGCUCAACGACAAGCUGGAGGAGGUCAGCAAGGACGGCGUGGCCGCCCUCCCCGCGGUGCUGAAAGAAGAUCCGGACCUCGCCGAGGAGGCCGAGCAGCAGCCAGCGGCCGAGCAGCGGCCGGAGACCCAAGCAGCCGCCGAAGCCCAGGCCAAGACUGGGCCGGGGUCCGGUUCUGACACCGCUUCCGAGGCGGCCAGCAGGACCAGCCCGAAGAGCAGCGACGGAGACGACGACGACGAGGAACUCGACGACGUGCCCUUGAAGCUCAAAAAGCGCAUGAACUUUGGCGCGCCGUUUGGGGAGAUUCGGUAG